GUCUUCUCUAACCUUCCUUUCCUUCUCACUCUCACCUCUUCACAAAAAUACCCAAAUUCCCUUCUUGACUCCCUUUUCACAAUAAAGACUCAUUUUUUCCUAUCAAAAUAAUUCUUGAUUCUCCUCAGAUUUAUCAGUAGCAGAUAUUCUGUUUUUGUGAAAGUUCACAGCCUGGCGUACUGUUUCUUUCAGAGGGGAAUGAUUUUUGGUGAGGCUUCUGGAGAGAAGCAGCAGUAGUUAACACUCUGGCCAAUACUCCAGUGAAGUCCUUCUCUCCCCCUUGUUGUGAAUGGGAUAGGGUUGAGGCUAGGAGGAGGAUACUUCUUGGAGUUUCACUUCUUACUUAUCUUUCUUCAUCUCCAUAUUUGUCAAAUUGGGCUCUUUCAUUGCUUUGGCGUUUGCCUAUUGAUUACGGCUAAUUUGACAUCAAGAUUCAAUCUUUUUCUACUUUGAUAUGUGAAUUGAAAACUUUCAAAGAUCAAAACUUUUUUUGUGGGGGUGAAAAGAUUAGUUGGAAAGGAGGAGCUAACAAAUUGGAAGAAAGAAUUUGAUUUGUAAUAGUGAAAGAAAUGGCAAUUUGCAACUGCUUCUGUGGUCCAGUAGGGAGAAGAAGCAGGAAAGAUGAGGGAGAGAAGGGAACUCCAAAAACUGCUGAUGUGCCUGUACUAGUUGAAGGUUCUGUAAACUCUACUACUAAAACAGAUGACUCGAAAUCGUCUUCCUUUGUUGUUCCUCUACCUUUUGGGAGUUCUAGGAGCAAUGUUAAGGUGAUGAAUCAUGAAAGUCCUGUUAAGGGAGAUACAGAAGAGGUGGCUUAUGAAGGGGAAGAUGAGCAUGAUGAAAGCUUGUCAAUGAAGAGGGACAACUCUGAUUUUGAUCUUCAAGCACGCAUUCGCAGCUCAGGGGGAGAGUAUGAUCAAUCAUUCAACGAAGGGAUUCGUCGUAAUUGCUCAUUUGAAAGUGAAAUGAAUGACCAAGAUCAUAACAAAUCUGAGAAAGAUGCAGAGACUGAGGAGGUUGUGAAAAGUGGACACAUUAGUGAUCCAGGGUUUGGAAAAGUAGAAUCUUGGGCUUCUCCAAAGCUUCAACGCUCCUGCUCUGAUUUAGCAAUGAGGGAUAUGGUCUUCACUAAAUUGAAUGAGCAGCUAUCACUCUCAAAGUCCAAAUCUUUUGAUGAAAUGCAGAGAUUAGCUGAGAAGAUGAUUUUAGGAAGUCCAGCUUCUGUGUUGACGCAUCACAGUGCUGACAAAGUUAUGUUGAAGAAGCAUUCUUCAAGCCAACUCCUACCAUCCAGAAGUCGAAAAUUGUGGUGGAAACUGUUCCUAUGGAGCCAUAGAAACCUACAAGGAACAGGUGGUAUCCAACAACUACCAAUCCUUGCUAAGACUGCUCUAAACCAGCAGGGUGGGUACUCCUCGGACACAUUAGAACUAGGGAAAGGCAUGGACUUGAGCAACUUGGGAUCUCCUGGUUUGUUCACAGAAGAAUCCUUGAACAAAAGGCGCUAUGACAAGGGCAAGGAGGUUUUGGAUGAAUUCAGUGGAGUAAGUGGUUUUUGGCCACAAAAUCAGUGGGUUGCUUUCCCUGAAGAAUCCUCUAGGUUUAUGAGAAUCAAUGAGUGGGUGAAUGAAAUUCCUAUUCAUCCACCAUGCUUAAUUGAUGAACAUGAUCAUGUUGUAGAUGAGGUUGAUAUCUCACAUUCUCCCGAUGCUGGUAAAUCACCAGCAAGAAACUCACCUCUCAUCAGCCCACACCCAUAUAUAAAUGUCCCAGAAGAGGUUGCACAUGCUAAUACAGUCAUCCGGUCUCUCAAUUCUUCCUCAACGGUUGCUCACAUCGCAGGAGCUGGUCUGAAAGUUAUCCCUUCCAUGUCACACUUAUGUAGCCUUCGAUCUGUCAAUUUAUCAGGCAACUUGAUAGUUCAAAUAACUCCAGGAUCACUACCAAAGGGUCUUCAUGUUCUCAAUUUAUCAAGGAACAAGAUCCACACAAUUGAAGGACUCAGGGAGUUGACACGUCUGCGUGUGCUUGACCUAAGUUACAACAGAAUCUCUCGAAUUGGACAAGGUUUGUCGAAUUGUACGCUCAUCAAAGAGCUCUACCUCGCUGGUAACAAAAUAAGUGAAAUAGAAGGGCUUCACAGACUUCUGAAGCUGACUGUUCUAGACUUGAGCUUCAACAAGAUAACAACUACUAAAGCACUUGGUCAGCUUGUGGCAAACUAUAACUCUCUUCUGGCUCUGAAUCUAUUGGGAAAUCCAAUUCAGAUCAAUAUAAGUGAUGACCAACUGCGAAAGGCAGCUUGCAGCCUGCUUCCAAAACUAGCUUUCUUGAACAAACAACCAAUUAACUCACAAAAGGCACGAGAAGUAGGAACAGAAGCAGUUGCAAAAGCAGCACUGGGCAGUAGCACUCGGGGCACUCAUAGAAGAGCAACCAGGAAAGUAACCACUGGAGCUUCUUCAUCUUCAAGUGUGCAUAGGAGCAGCGCGAGUGUUUCUCAAAAGAGCAGGCAUAGGCUAAGAAGCCGAACUCAACUUCAGUCUUCCAAGGCCAAGUGAUCUGCUCUAGCAUCUCCUUGUUCCAAAAUGUUUCAUGCUUUCGAACAGUGCAAUCCUAGAAAGCAUGGUUUCAUUGUGUGUUUCGAUUUUGUUUAUCAGUUUUAAAGAGUGGGAGUGAUUUAAACAUUCAUGUUAAAAUUGAGGUUCUUCCUCAUUCUGCAUUUCAUUCUGAAAAGUCUGUUUGAAAACCAGGUACUUGUGGCUUUGUAUGAUUGUUAAAUUUGGCAUGUUUUUCAACAUUAAUUUGCACCUUUAUAGAUGAACUACUACUCUGCUUGUGGUUGA